AGAUUUCUUGGUUCUUUCACUUGCCCUGGAGUCUAAAGGUGCCCAGGGAUGAAAGGUGCUUGGAGUUAGGUUGAUGUGCAUGGUUGAGACUGCGAAACUACCUGCCACGGCUGUGGGUUGGGCUUUGUUAGCCGACACCGCCCUGGAAUGGGCGGGGCUGGGGCUCUGGGGGGCGGGGCUUGGGGUAGCGGGGCCCCGUUUCCCGGGUAACGGCCGCGCGGAAGAGGCGGGGCUAGGGCGCCAGUCCCGCCGCCUGGCUCCCGGGGCCGCGACCUGAGACUGUGGCCUCCGAGAGUCGAUCAGUAGUAGGGCAGGAGAGCGCCAGAGGCCAGCGGCUCAACUUUAGUCGUGGGGACGGGCGGCAGAACGGAAUGGGGCUUGGGAGAGGCCGGUCAGAGUGACAGACUGGGGGCGUGGCCUGUGAGACCCGGAAGCGGGCGAGGCGUGAGUGGGCGUGCCCGGCCAUGGGCGACUAGAGGUAUCCCAGUAACCCAACGCUCCGACCCGUGGUCCAGCAGGUCCAAGCGUGCGGCCGAGCGUCUCGGGGGCGGUGGCGCGGGCGGGCCAUGCCUGGGGACUCCCCGUCGCUGUGGGAACUGGUGGAAGAGCACGUUCCGCUCCCGGAGCGGCCCGAAGUGAAGAGGAUUCUAGGGGAGACGACGGUGGAUCUGAGCCUGGAGCUACGGGCAGAGGUGGGGCGUAAGAAGGUGGUGAUGUUACGAUCAUUGCUCCAAGAGGCUCGAUCUAUCCAAUCCCCUGGAUCGCGCCCCACCUCUGACCUCUCCUCCCUUCUGGCACCACCGCCCCUUGUAAGAGAUCUCGUGCGCCAGGAACUGCGGCAGCUCCUCCAAGGUCUCCGCCGGAAGGCCAUCUGUGAGGGCAGGGACCAGACCCAGGCUUGGGUCCAGUAUAGUCCCAGGGUCCUGCGCUUUGCCUUGGAGGAGCCCAGGCGUGAUUUGCCAGAACAGGAGAUGUUCCAGAUGAGAGCUGGUGAACCCAGCUGUCCCCGGGACCUCAGUGUCAUCAAGGAUCAGCUGAACGUGUCCUACAUUGACCAGGUUGCUGGACACCUGCGGCCUGCAGUGCUGCUUCUGGUGCCUCACUGCCCGUGUCCCAGGGCCCUCCUGGAGGAAGAGUGCCGCGCGCUGGAGAGGGAGAUUCCCAUCCUGCAGCGCUGCCUGGAAGACGAAUAUACAGGGGCCCCUCGACCCUCUGAGGCAAGCCUAGAGCCCACCCUGGCAGGUAGAACUUCUCCUCCAGAGCUAAAGGAACAGAAGGCAGCCAUGCAACAGGAGCUGCAGGCACCCCUGAGGCCGUCCUGUGUCUCCCCCAGCCACAGGCCACAGCCCUUGGGGUCCUCCAGCCAGGGCCCUGGACCCCUGUCUUGCCUCCACGGGGCUGCUGGAGUUUGGGCCAGGCCUCUCCAGUGCUGCCUGCCUGCUCCUCCUCUGGAGCGCUGCCCCAAACCUCGCAGCCUGGCCUCCACCUGCCGCUGGGGACGGAAGAUUCAGUUCAGCCCUGGGAAAAGGCCAGCUUCUACUCCGAUGUCUAGUGCAGCGACCCAGGCCCCAACCUGAAGGGCUGCUCAGGAAGGAGGCUUCAGCUUCGGUUGGCACGCGUCCUGUCUAUUACUGCCCACUUUCAGCUGCCAGGGCCCAGCCCACUUCAGAUCUAGUCUAGGAUGAGCCCUCCACAGGAUUCCACUGCUGUCUGUCUGUCUGUCUGGCCCUUUACCUUCUCGCCAGGUCCUCAGUGUCCGGUCCUGACUGUCACAGCCUCUGGCCUUUCUCCUCCCAGGUACCCCCCCACCAAAGGCCUGGCAGGAGGAGGUCUUGCCCCAGCCCUGACUCAUGUCCCCCUGGAGGACCCAGACAAAGCACAGCAGCAGCUCAGAGACAGGAAUAGAAAUUUCAUUAAAACCUAUGGACUUUAAAA